AUAGCGCUGCGGCGCCCUGCACAUAUACACUCGUUCGCUGCUACUUGCCAUAACAUACGCUUGUGCCCAAAGUCAGUCCAUCUGGGACGCGCCCGAAGUCAACUCGAGAUCGUGUUUAGUCGCUUCUGUCUCUCUUCCCAACACCAGCAACCAUGGAUCUGGGUGAUGUCGUGGUCAAGCCUGUGAAGGAUUUUGCCAAGAACAGUGCUCGCCUGGUGAAGCGCUGCACCAAGCCCGAUCGGAAAGAGUUCAUGAAGGUGUGCUCGCGCACGGCCGUGGGCUUCAUCGUCAUGGGCUUUAUCGGCUUCUUUGUGAAGCUCCUCUUCAUUCCCAUCAACCAGGUCAUCAUGAGCUCCUAAGGACGCAACGCCUGGAGCAGGCCAUGAUUGGAGCAUUAUCAUUAGACCAGCGACAGCUUGCGGUGAAGCAGCUUGGUGGCUUUCAUCUGCCGGUCAUUGCCGGUUGUGACUGGUUCACUGAAAGCAUGACGUACGACGCGCGUGUACGCUUGCUGAUUCUCGAAUAGGCGUGAGCGUAGGCAGGAGCAAAAUCUAUACAUCCGCUCGUUAGACACUAGCUAGAACGUGGGGCAGUGACUCCACGGUGACACCUUGACUGCUGACAAGGAUGACGAAACACUCGUUACUGUUUGGACGACGUCAGUAUUUAUGACCCCUCGUAUAGACGAGGGAUGGGUGCUAUGUACUUGCAGCGCCAUGAAGCGCAGGAGGUUUUGUUGUGGCUCAUGCCACCGGGUUUUGAACGGCUUCUGUAAGGAGUAUUUAAGCCGAACACGUGCGGCAUGGCCUCGCUGGACGACCUGGGGUGUGCGAUGGGACAGUGGUAAGUGAAGUCCCGUAGGGUGCAGCUGAUUCCCAAACCUCAGCUGGACGACCUUGGGUGCGAUGAGGGCGAAGCCAAAAUGGCAACGGCGCGGUUUAAGGGUGC